AUGCAUUUGGAGGGCUAGAUGUUAUAAGAGACAAUGUUCAAUGGCUUCGACUUCUCUAAACAUUUCAUUCUGAAUGCUAAGCUUAUCAUUAAAGUUGCACAUUAAGUAAUACUGGAAAAGGAUGUGUUACAUUACCUCUCAAAUCUGCGUUGCAAAAUAAAGGCUAAUAAAAAAUCUUGUGGUUGGACAGGAUCUUAAUGUGUUAAUGGAACUUGCUCUACUGCUCCAAAAACUCUUUCAUAAACAUUCGAAUGUCUAGCUUAUUUAUUUCCUUGUGUGGCUAAUGAUCCUAUUACAGUAAAUGGAAGUUCAACUAUUUAAGGAUGCUAAGAUUUACCUAAAACUUGCGAAGCUAGAAAAUCGCCCUACAAUUGCAAUAUUACUCCCUUAGGAUAUCCAAUCUGUUUAUGGGAUCCUUUAGCUAAAAUGUGUGUUGAACAAUCUUGCACAACUGCAAACAUAAAGGGAGGAUAUAACUAAUAUGCAGGAGAUUAUCCAAUUUUAGAUGGGUAAUUCACUUUUAGGAAUUGUUAAAAGUACAUGAUUCUAUGCGUUUCCCAUAAUUAUCUAGGCUAAUGUACUAAAAUAGUAUAUCCUUGCAUCUAAAAUAACACUUAAGAUGGAUGCAUGGCUAAGCCCACAAGUUGUUCACUCUUAGUCUAGUAAAAUUGUGGAGAUCAAACUAAAGUUGAUGGCGAUUGCCUUUGGAAUGGAACUAAUUGUGUCGAUAAGCUAUGCACAAAUAUAAUAUAAACAACACAUGAUGAUUGCAAUACAAUAUUAAAAUCAUGCACAGUUAAUGAUGAUGGUACAGCAUGCUUUCCCUUAGCCUCUGCUUGUUCUUCAUAUAAAAUUUAAGACAAUUGUAAAAUUACUUCUACAUCCUUAAAUUGCUAUUGGACAGGAACAUUUUGUAGAAAUGCAAUUUGUGAUGACACUCCGGAUUCUGACCUCUUUGAUUCAGAUAAAGAAUGCCUUAAUUACAACACACAAAAUGAGAGAUGCACAAUAAUUGCAAAAAUAGGAGGGUAAGGGUGUGUUCAAAAAUAGCCAAUUUGUUCGAAUUACAAGAUUUCCAGUUAAUGCCAUUAGACUUUAUCAAAUUUAACAGGUCUAGAUGAUUGUAAAUGGAUAAAUGGAAUAUGCUACUCAUUGUCAGAAUUAGCAACAGGAACUUGUUCUACAUUUAAAGGGACACAAGAUAUGUGUCAAGCUUAUAGAGAUGGAUGUACAAAUGAAGCCAAUGCUAGAAGUUUUACUACAUGUACAUUGGAUUGCACUUUAAAAAUUGGAAGUGGAUUGACAUUCUAAGAUUGCUAAAAUGUGGAUCCAACCUGUUCUGUUAAAAAGAAUGGUAGUGGUUGUAUUAUAAUUUAAUCUACAUGUGCAGAAUAUGGGACAUCAGAAGCAAAUUGUUAUAAAUCAAAUGCAACUGGAACACAAGCAAAUUGUGUCAUGAAUAAAGCCACACCACCAAGUUGUUAAGCAGUGAGUUCAGCGUCUGAAUGCUCACUUAUAAGUGGGUCAGGACUUGAUCAUGCUAAAUGUUAAGCAUACAAUAUUGCAUGUACAUCUUUAGGUAAUGGAAAUGGGUGUUAAGAAUUUAAAGAAAAUUGCACUGCUUAUACUGGUAAUACUGUUAAUUGCACAGUGUCGUAAUAAGGUAAGUGCUAUUUAAAUGGUUCCGAUUGUAUUCGUUUUUCUAAUUGCUCUUCAAUUACUGGAACAAAUCUUACUCAUUAAAUAUGUAAUGGCUAUAACAUAAAUUGCACUGUAAAUAAAUAAAAUACAGUAUGUUAAGAAAGGAGAGCUACAUGCGCUUUAUACCGAUCUCAAGAAUAAUGCACAGUAUCUGCAGCUAGCUUAAAAGAAAGCUAAUGUGUUUGGAGUGGUACAGCUUGUAUUGCACUUACAGUUGUUGCUACUCAUUGUUCCUACAUAACUGGAACAAAUCUGACCGAUUCAUUUUGUGCUACUUAUAAUGAUAAUUGCACUGUAAAUUACGAAAAGACAGGCUGUUAGGAGAAAAAAGCUUAAUGUGGUUUAUAUUUCACUAAAAGUUCAUGUACUCUAUCAUAGGCAGCUGACACAGCAGGAAAAUGUAUAUGGAAUAAUGGAAUUUGUAGUAUAAUGACAUUACUUGCUACAAUUGCUGGAUCUAUUAAGGACAAUUAAAUGUCAAGUGCAAGAUGUGCCUAGUUCAAUCCGGCUUUUGCGGCUAAAAAAGAUGGGUCUGAAUGCUUUAUAAAAUAAGGUUCAUGUAGUAUUUACACAGAAGAAUAGUAUUGUACAACUUCCUUAGCAUUAGGUACAGCAGCAAGUUGUAUUUGGGAUGGGGCACAUUGUUAACCAUUUACAUCUGGUUCUCUGUGCCAAUAUAUUACAGGAACAGAUUUAACUGCCAGUUAUUGCCCUUCAAUUAAUCCAUUAUGUACAACAAAAAUAACGAGAGAUGGCUGUUAUGGAAAAAAGCCUAAUUGUUCAGAUUAUGAUAUAGAAGGUGAUUGCUAAUAAUCUUUAGCUUCUGGUACGGCAGGAUUUUGUAUAUGGACUGGUUCGAAUUGCACUUAUGUGACUGACCCUGCUAAUCAAUGUGCUAAGGUCCUAACCUCUCUUUUUGCUACAGAUUAAUAAUGUGCUAAUUAUCAUGCUUCUUGCAUCCCUUAAUUUAGUGCAGUUGGAUGUCAAUAAAUUCAAUCAAAUUGUAAUUAAUACUCAGAUUCAAAAACUUGUUAUAAAUCUUUAAAUGAUGGUUAUUGUGCUUGGAUAGAUAAUAAAUGUAUAUUUUUAACAAGUCCUUAUUAAUGUGCUUCAGUUUCUGGUACUAAUUUAACUAGUACUUAUUGCAAUGGAUUGCUUAAAGAAUGCUGGUCCACUUCAAACAUGAAGAGUUGCUAUUAGAUGAAAUCUGCUUGUGCAGAAUAUGUUAACAAAGCGUAAUCUUGUAUUAGAACUUUAACUAAUGGAAAUGCUGGACUCUGUGGUUGGAGCAAAGAUGCUGUGUGCUAUUAAAUAACAUCUGCCAGUUAAUGCGAUACCUAGAAUGUAGCUAUUGUAAACCCCUCUUUUACAACAACAGAUAAUUUUUGUGCUACUUUCAAUGCUGGCUGCAUUGCAAAUGCUGAGAAAACUGCGUGUUAACAACUUUUAUCAAGUUGUACAUCAUACUCAGAUAUAUCUAAGUGUAGUUAUGCAGGAAAUUCAUAAUCUAAAGUUAGAUGUAUUUGGAAGGCUUCAUAAUGCACUACAAUUACAGAUCCUGCUACUUAAUGUACAAAUAUUUUGAAACCUGCUAACGAGUAAUUUAGCGAUGCUACUUGUGUAUCUUUUCAUAGUGGUUGCACAGUCAAAGCAGAUUAUUCUGGCUGUCAAGAAAGAAAUGCAAUUUGUGCAAAUUAUACAACAGAAAACUCUUGCACAUAUUCAGCUGCUGCAUCUCCUUUUAAUGUAUGUCUUUAUUUCAAUUCAAAAUGUGUUACUGCAAGAGAAUUGUUAACUGAUUGUGCAGCCAUUACUGCAUCUUCAGGUUUGACUGAUUCCGAUUGCUCUGGGUAUAGCUCUACAUGCACAUCAAAUAAAAAUGGGACUGCCUGUUAAGAUAAAAAAAGCACAUGUUCUGAUUAUCAAAAUUAGGAUUCAUGUUCUGUUUCCUCAAGUUCUAAAUGCAUUUGGAAAUCUAGCUGUACUUCUAUUAGUGAUGUAACUACUGACUGUGUAUAUGUAGUUGGUACAAAUUUAACUCAUGAUAUUUGUAUUUCUUAUAACAAUGGAUGCACAGUCAAUAAAGCAGGAACCUCUUGUUAAGAAAAGAAAAACAGUUGUGCGGAUUAUACAAAAAGUGAAAAUUGCACUAGGUCGUAGGAUUCUGGAUCAGCAGGAUACUGUUUAUGGUAUUCGACAUGCAUCACUGUCACCAAUGUUACUACUCAUUGUGCUUAUGUAACUGAUAUCAAUCUGACCAAAGAUAUAUGUGCUUUAUAUAAUCCUAAUUGCACAGUUAACUAUUCAGAAACUGCUUGUUAGGAAAAGAAAUCCACUUGUUCAGCUUAUACUUUAAAAGAAAAUUGUCCUAUAGGUUGCAUAUGGGAUGGCUCAUCAAAUUGCAAUGAUUUCUCAAAUCCUUCAGUUUAAUGCAGCUUAGUAAAUGGAAAGACAGGACUCAACCUUGCAAAGUGUUAAUAAUAUAAUAGUGAAUGUAUUAAUCUAAAGGAUGGUACUGGAUGUUAACAUGCUUAGACAAAUUGUAAGAAUUAUACAACUUAGAAUUAAUGUGUUGCAUUAACUAAUGGUACUUCCUGUUUAUGGUAUGAAAAUUCUUGCUACUAAAUAACAAGUCCCACUUGUAGUAAAAUUACUGGGGCUAAUCUGAAUCAUAAUAUAUGUUAGUCUUAUAACAAAGGUUGUACUUCAGUAAAUGAUGGCACUUAAUGUUAAGAUUAUAAGUCAACAUGCGAAUAAUAUUCAGGAACAACUGCAUCUUGUACUUCAUCUAUAAAUGCAAAAUGCUACCUCUAUAAUUCAAACACUUGUAUUACUAUUUUAAAUGUUUCUACCGAUUGUGCUAAGAUUACAGGUGUAUCAUUAACUUAUGAAAUAUGUUAAUCAUAUAAUUUGGGAUGCAGUGUUAAUAGAGCUAAGACUGCUUGUGUUUAAAAAGCAGCAUAAUGUUCUGCAUAUUCAACUGCUAUGAGUGGUUGCUAUCAAGCAAGGAGAAGGAUUAUGUAUUGCAUCUACUAGUAAUGA